ACUUUUUUUAGACAGCGAUCUAUGAUCAAAGAUGGCGAGCACCUCCGACCCACUGGAAGAUAUGCUAUUUUCUGAGGUGGAUGAAAAAGCUGUGAGCGAUUUAGUGGGCUCUUUGGAGUCACAACUUGUUGGACAAAGCAACCCUGCAGAUACUCAGUCGGAAAACAGAGGUGCUGGGUGUACAUUCACUGCAAACCAUCACUUAGGGAAAACGCUACCAGCCCAAGUGGGUACUACACUAGUACAGCAGCAACAAGGACAACAUAAAGCUGGGAUGCACCAGGAGAAAAACUCUAAAGAAAUUAGCUUAGAGAAAACUGUUACAUCUUCUUCGCUGAGUUCUAUUCCGUCCUUUGAGGAAGCUUCCACCACUUCAGGGACUGGAGUAAACGCUACCAAGAGCGGUUUGCAAUCACAUGGAACAUCGUCUAUCACAACACUACCUGCAUUUGGUGGUGUAGCAACUUCUCCGCUUGUCAACAGCAUCAGCAGCACCACUACCAGCCGAGGUUCCGCUCUGGCUUCAGGUCAGACAUCAACAGACAUUGUCGAUCAUCCAAGAAAACGUAUAACUGCAUCGUUACGGAGUGCAUCCGCGGGAAUACAGAGUUUGAACGGUACCGGAGGAGCGGUAACGUCAAGGAAUAAUCCCCCUGCGGCGGGAACUGCUGCGUUGAUUAGCAGUGCAAGUGCAGCAAACUCAAGUCGGACCGUUGACGUUACAUCUUGUGUAAAUACGACGAAUUUCACUUUAUCUAACUCCAGAAUUUCUUCAACUCAAUCAGCGAUUCCCCUGGAUAAGGGGACUCCUACUAUUGCUUUGCAAAGACUACCAAAUCACAUUGUAGCGAGCAUCGCACAUAAUGGAAAUGGCACUACCGUCUCGGCCUUGGUUAAACAAGGCGCGAUAGGACCGAUCACCUGUGCAGCAGCUUCGCAAGUGAACCACAAAAAAGAGGGUUCUGAAGCGAAGUCGGGCGCUCCCGUACAGUCCAAAAUAGUCAUGUCCAGUCCGUUAGGUGUUGUCAAUUCCGUAAUAAACUCUGUUUACUCUCCCUCUGCUGUUUCCAACAUAGCAGCGGCGACUACAGCAAGUCAUGUCAUGGCAAAGCCUGCUGUCAAUAUUGUUGGACAAACAACAACUGUUGGAAUGGUAAGGCCAGCGUCACCGGCUGUGGCCACAGCUACACAGCCUCUGCUUCGACCGGGAGUCCCAGCGGCUCAAAGGACUGUAGCCCCCCAGCUGAUUGUCAGACCCCCCCAACAACCACAGACGACCAUUCAACUGCCUCCUGGGUUUACCAUCCCACCGGGAAUGGUGUUGGUGCGCACUGAGAUGGGUCAGCUGGUGAUGGUCCCACAGCAGGCCCUUGCCCAGGCACAGGCCCAAGCCCAGGCCCAGGCCCAGAACAACAUCUCCCCCCGAACUGCCACCCCCACUGCAGGGGCCACCUUCAGAGCAACUACCCUACAGAAGGGCCCCAUGGCGCCGGCUGUGGCAGUGACGGCUCCCCAACAGGCCCCCGUGGUAAUGGCCCCCCAGGUCCAGGCUGGGGCCCAGGCUGCCUCACAGCCAGCCCUGCCCCCACAGACCAGCGUCCCUGUAGCCCCAGGAGCCUCUGUCAUCUCCCAGGAGAUGCAGGAGAAUGUGAAGAAGUGUAAGAACUUCUUGGCCACCCUGAUAAAGCUGGCUUCCCACAACUCUCCGUCACCUGAGACCUCCAAAAAUGUCAAGUCACUGGUCCAGGAUCUACUGGAUGCUAAGAUUGAGCCUGAGGAGUUCACCAACAGACUGCAGUCAGAGCUCAAGUCGUCUCCUCAGCCCUACCUGGUCCCCUUCCUCAAGAAAAGCCUCCCGGCCCUGCGGCUGUCUCUGCUCAACAUUCAGCAUUCCCUGAUCCAGCCUCUGCCGCAGGCCAAAGCCACCCCCACCCCCACCACAGGCACCAGCUCUGCCAUCAUGGCCGGCCCAGCUGUCCGCGGCCGCCUCCCCAACAGCGUCAGCACCACGGGGGCCAGUGUCGGGGCCCAGGGACACACAGCUGCCCUGGGUAUCAAGCAAGCGGGCACCGCUGGUUGCCAGGUCAGGAUGCCCAUGUUGAUCACACCAUUAAGAACACAAGGCACUGUCAGCAAGGGAGCCAUGUUCCAAGCAGGCAAAAGUCCUGUGGGUUUUGCUGUUAAGGGCUCUGGAAAUCAGAAAAACAAGCUGAACGAUCCCGGAGGCGGUUCUUUCAGGGAUGAUGAUGACAUUAACGAUGUGGCGUCCAUGGCGGGGGUGAACCUGAAUGAAGAGAGCGCUCGUAUCCUGGCAACCAACUCUGAGCUGGUGGGGACACACAUCCGCUCCUGUAAAGAUGAGGCCUUCCUUCACCCGGGCCUGUUACACAGACGCAUCCUGGAGACAGCUAAGAAGUUUGGCGUGUCAGAGGUUCCUAUGGAGGCUGUGAACUUCAUCUCCCACGCUACCCAGUCCCGACUCCGCACUGUGCUGGAGAAGGUCUCCUCCAUCGCACAGCACAGGAUGGACGGUGGUAAAGAUGAGGAGUGGUUUGAGCAGUCGGCAGACGUGCGGUCGCAGCUAAAGUUCUUUGAGCAGCUGGAGAGGAUAGAGAAGCAGAGGAAGGAUGAACAGGAGAGAGAGAUCCUACUCAAAGCAGCUAAAAGUCGCUCCAGGCAAGAGGACCCAGAGCAGGCUCGGCUGAAACAAAAAGCUAAGGAGAUGCAGCAACAGGAAAUGGCCCUGGUGAGGCAACGAGACGCGAACCUGACCGCGCUAGCUGCCAUCGGACCUCGGAAGAAACGCAAGAUGGACUCGCCAGGGGCCACGCCGUCAGGGGCCGAGGUAUCAGGCAGCUCGGUGGGGUCGCCGGGCGCCGCCUCCUCCCCCUCCACGUCAUCACAGCGGCAACGUCAACGCAUCACCCGCGUCAAUCUCAGGGACUUCAUCUUCUACAUGGAGCAGGAGAGAGAGACAGCCCACUCACUUCUGCUCUACCGGGCUCUGCUCAAGUAACACCCUCUCCCUCCCAGCACCCUCCUCUCUCUUCCUUACCAUCUCCUUCUACCCCUGCAAUGUGCCUUCAAUCGGGUCAGAUGUUUCAGCUCAGUGUCUGUUGUGAUGUUGAUAUUAACGUACCUUUUGAUAUAAAGGCGAGAGAAAAAACUCACCAAAAUAUAUUGUAUGUGUCUUUAUCUGUUUUAGCUUCAUGAUAAAUACACUGAGUACCAAACAUUAAGAACACCUUCCUAAUAUUUCCCUUUUGCCUUUUGCCCCCAGAACAGCCUCAGUUCGUAGGGGCAUUGACUCUACAAGGUGUCGAAAGUGUUCGACAGGGAUGCU